UUACGAACAACAGUUCCCACACGUAGCUCCGUCCGAAAUAAUUAGCUGAAGCCAUAGCCUAGGAGGAUAUUCAGCUGAAGAAAAUAACAUCCAUCUCAUCGGCAAAGGGCAAAAACAAGGAAGGGGCAGGAAAAAAUCAGGUUAGAAGAGAUGAACGCGAGAGCUGAAAUCACUGCUUUUUUGGUAUUGGCAAUCGGUUGCAGUUUGGUUGCUGGAGAUGCCAUUACAGAUCAAUGUGUGAAUGAGUUUCCAAAGCUGUCGACGUGCCUAAACUUUGCAACCGGGAAGCAGGACACCCCGACGAAAGAGUGUUGCACUUCGGUGUCGGACCUCAAGAACAAGAACCCGGUUUGUUUGUGCUACAUUAUUCAACAGAUCCACAGUGGAAGCGAUCCUCAGAUCAAGAACAUGGGCAUUCAAGAAGCUCGCUUGCUUCAGCUGCCUUCUGCUUGCAAGUUGACUAACGCCAGCACCAGCGAAUGCCCCAAGCUGCUCCACCUAUCUCCAAGUUCUCCUGAUGCUGCCAUCUUCGCAAACUCGACUGCUUCAACAACCCCAAGUACUGCAACACCAGACAAAUCCACACCAACAAAAUCUAAUGCUGGCUCAACUACAUUCAAGAACGGACCUCAACUAGCCGGACCUGCUUUGGCUAUUGUCGUGGCCAUCUUCUUCUCUUCAUUUCCAACUGGCCUAGCGCUCAUGUCUUCAUGUUCUACAUAAGCACUUAGGAAGUUAGCUGCCGCGACACCCUAGCUUUUGCUGUUACUUUCUUGGAGACUCUUUUUUUUUUUUGUUUGGGGGUUCGUCUCUCUCAUCUUUCAUUUUGUCCAGGGCAAUUAGUUGCUGCUGCUAGCUCGAACUUUUCCUAAGAGAUGGCCUAUCUAUUGAUAUUUUGGUACAUGCCUUUUUUUUUU